UUUUCUGGAUGUACAGCGAUGGAUUGAUGAGGAAGAAAAGGUGGAGGAGACAAUUUUACUCUCCCUCCUCCCCUUCCUCCUCUUCAUCCUUCCCAACAUUUUCUUCUUCAUUUAAUCAACAACAACAAUCAUCAAAAUAUUUUUCCAAUCAUUUUUUGUUAUUUUUUGGCAUUUUCACUCUUUUAUUAAUUAUUCAACCAGUUAAUGCUGGCACUAAUUGUACAGAAGCAGAUUCAACAAGAAAUUGUGUUGAUGGAAUGCUUGUCCCUAUAUGGAAACCUUUUUUAGAUUUGGGGACUGAAGAUAGAUUUUUGAGAGGAAUAAUAUAUUUUUUUGUUAUUGCAUAUUUGUUUUUGGGUGUUUCUAUUGUUGCUGAUAGGUUUAUGUCGAGUAUUGAAGUCAUUACAAGUAUGGAAAGGACUGUUGUAGUUAAAAGAUUAGGUCUUCCUCCAGCCAAAGUCAAAGUGAGAAUAUGGAACGAUACUGUUUCCAAUUUGACUCUUAUGGCACUCGGCUCUUCAGCACCUGAAAUACUCCUUUCAAUAAUUGAGGUGGUCGGGAAAGGCUUUGAAGCAGGCGAUUUGGGUCCUAAUACUAUUGUCGGUUCAGCAGCAUUUAAUUUAUUUAUGAUUAUUGCUAUUUGUGUUUCUGCUGUCCCCCCAAAAGAAGUAAGAAGACAAAAACACUUGGAUGUAUUUUUUGUUACCGCAACAUGGUCAAUAUUUGCUUAUGUUUGGUUGUGGGCAAUUUUAGCUUAUUUUUCCCCCGGAGUUAUUGAAAUAUGGGAAGGACUAGUAACUUUUGCUUUCUUUCCUAUUACCGUUUUAACUGCUUGGAUUGCUGAUAUUAAAUUAAUACAGGCAUUUUACUUUGAAUUUAAUUAUUAAAAAUAUUCUUAAAAUUUAAGAAAAAAUUUGUGCCUCACCGUUAUCGUCGUGGCUCUCACGGAAUGAUAGCAACCGAAGGAGAGGAGCUUAAAAUGCUUGAAACUACUAAUGGAACAAGCGC